CACAAAUCAACGAAGCUUUCCUUUUUCCUGUUAGCUAGUGCAGAUAACCGACGAGCUCUCGCCCGAAUAACUGCUUUUUAAUGUAAAACCACUAAAUUGUUACUCAGGAACUCGAUAUUGUUGUCACCAAAGGUUCUGCUAAGGAGACGAAUAUGAUCCGGUUCAUUCUCAUCCAGAACCGGGCAGGAAAAACCCGGUUGGCCAAAUGGUACAUGCAGUUUGAUGAUGAUGAAAAGCAAAAGCUGAUCGAGGAAGUACAUGCUGUGGUUACAGUCAGAGAUGCCAAACACACCAACUUCGUGGAGUUCAGGAACUUUAAGAUCAUUUACCGGCGUUAUGCUGGGCUUUACUUCUGCAUUUGUGUGGACGUGACUGAUAACAACCUGGCAUACCUUGAGGGAAUUCACAACUUUGUGGAGGUCCUGAACGAGUAUUUCCACAAUGUGUGCGAGCUGGACCUGGUCUUCAACUUCUACAAGGUGUACACAGUAGUGGACGAGAUGUUCCUGGCAGGAGAGAUCAGGGAGACCAGUCAGACCAAGGUCCUUAAGCAGCUUCUCAUGCUUCAGUCACUUGAGUAAAAACAAAAUCCUCUGUCCUUCUUGCCCACCGGACAUCCAAAAAAUAUAUAUAAAUACAAAUACUUUGAUGUGUAAUGUCACUUCAUAUACAAAUCCUCUAGUUUUUCAACAUGCCAAGUGACAACAGGCAUGUGGACGAGGACUACACAACAUCCACUUUUAGAUAUCCAAUCAGCCGUUUUUUUUUUUUUCCCUGCAGUUUUUUAUCUAACCUUCUGAAUCGUUUUAAAAGACGUCUUUCACUACAUUUCAACGUGUCAGCAUUUCAAGUUUCUUUGAGUUUUUUUUUUGCUUUUCUACAGCCAAAGGCUGCAGAAAUGAGUUCUUCUCCACAGUUAUCUUUUCAUUUAUGGCAUUUGUCAGAAGCAACUGUGACGGCAGUCUUCUCAUUCCCACAUUAAACAAAGCAAUUCUUUAGCGGCACUAGAAUUUAGAAGCCCCAUAAACUCAGGCCAGGCCCACCUUCCCUUUACCUUAUCUCUGAUUGAAGUAGCCUGUUUAUCCAAAAUAAUGUCUUUAGGUGGCAUUUAUAGUUCUCUUGUGUUCAUGUGUAAUGCUUACAUAUGCAGAUGUGUGUGACUGAUGCCAGAGCUUGUAAGAGGGUGGUACAAUGCAGGAUUGUCAAUCAAAACGGUGCUCUUUGGUCACUGUUAACAUUUAAAACGAUCCGGAACAAACAGGCGGGUUUUAUGUGAAGCACUACUUUGGGUUUGCUUUGUGUGAUCUGUGUAAACAGUGUUGUCUGUGAGUAUUGUGAAAUGAUUGGUCACGAAGAUUAAUCUUCAAAAAUAUAAACUCAUUUGAGAUUAAUACAUUCCAACAGUGUCAUAUGUGCAUUUAAAGUACUGUCCCUUUGGACUAUCAUUUCUGGUGAAAUCCCAUAUUUUUACCUUUAGUUGCUUCACAUGUUAGACUUUGGGUUUUUCAUGAAGACAAUAUUGAACUAUGUACCCACCUGGCAUUUGAUAGAGUGCUAAUGGAAGAUGUUACUGUCUUAAAUUCAGCUGCCUACAUCAGCAGUCCCAUUUUGUGUAAAUAAACAGAUUUAUCGUUCAGC